AUGAUCAAUCCCGAAGAAAGAUUCUUUUCAGAGGGUCAAAGCUAUUUUGGCCCAAGGGAAAACCCUAUAACCGAAACACACUGUAACGUCUGGGAUUGGGAUCAGCUGCGAUUGAUCAAAGUCAAAGGAACGGCCAAGCUUUUUCCACCUCAAGAAGAUGUUGAGAUCUCAAUCCUUGCGCAAUUUGCAGAUUACCUUUCGCCGGAGGUUCGUGCAAUCACAGUCGACGAUGACGGGCUUCUUAUUGGAAUCUCGACAGAUCCGGAAGAGGAUGAUACAUUCUUUAUUGGAUAUAUUCCCUUCUCACUCUGUUAUUCACUCGCAGAUUGCCCCACAAUCUACUUCUCUCAACUUCAAGAGCUCGAUCGGCUUGGACCAGGUGUCGACCUCGUAUCGUAUCAUGAUCAGAGGGUCGCAUUCAAAUUCAACCCUUUAGGUAUGCCUCGGAGAAUACAAAUGUCCUGGAAGGAGAUGAACCUACUCAGCAAACUUCCACCACAUCCCAAUAUAGUACCGUUUGAUCGCAUUGUUCUCGAAGACGUAGAGUCUCGAGUAAUUGGAUUCACAACAAAGUACAUCCCAGGUGGAACGCUAGCAAAUGCCGAUCCGAAAAGGCCUUUCCGAUUUGAAUGGUUACAGCAGCUUACCCAACUGGUGGAUUUCUUGAACCUAGAAUUAGGGAUCAUGCAUCAAGAUAUCUCACCCCGAAAUUUGCUUGUCCACCCCGAAACAGACAAGAUUCUGCUCUUCGAUUUUGAUUGGGCCGCUAGCGGAAAAGAAUGCCUGCUAGAUGGUCGAGACGACGUGUCUAGUGUUGUGUUCACACUAUACGAAAUCAUCACAAACGAUAUGCAUUUUACGAGCAUUCCUCACUGGGACAGAAACAUAGACAUGGUGCAGACUAUCGAAUGGACCUGUCACCGCGAACUAGACUCUGAUGUGUCAAAGUUCCGCAAAUUUCUGAAUGAAUGGAUAGAAACAAGAACCGACAGAGCCAUGGAACGAUAUCUCAAUGCUCCCAAGCGGCUUAUAUGGCUGGAUCUCCCAACCCCUCCAGACUAUAGUGUGCCCUUUGAGCUAGGUUGGACAAAAGAAGGCGAAACUAUUUGGCAAACGGGUGAGCGUUCGAGGCGCAUUGCACUAGAGAGGGGGCAAUACUGCUUUCGGUGGGAAAGACCCCCACAAAGCAGGCUGUUGAAGAAAGCCAAACACAGCAUCUAA